UUUUGCUUAAAUUUGGUCACAUUUGCACCAAACUAAAUGAUAAUUUAUGUAAUUUUUAACUAAAAAGAUAAGUUGUAAUUUUUUAUAAACCAGGGAUAAACCUUUAGUGGUCUACGUAUUUUCGAAAACCAAUUCAACGAUCAAAGAGUUUAUGAAGAACACAACCAGUGGAGGAUUUAGCAGCAACGAGACAAUAAUGCAUUGCGGAGUUGAUACUUUACCAUUCGGUGGAGUUGGUUUUAGUGGUAUGGGACGUUAUCAUGGAAAAUAUGGAUUUGAUACGUUCACACAUAAAAAAUCUUGCCUUGGAAAGGAUUUGAAACCUUUAGGAGAAUUGCUUGCUUCUGGACGUUAUCCUCCUUAUUCAGAUCGUAAAGCAUCACUGCUUGGAUUUCUGCUACGUAAACGUCGUCCAUUCCCAAAUUUAUAUUUAUCAUAUAUCAUAACAUUCGGUUUAGGUAUUGGAUUUGCAUUCUUAUUAAAUCACUACUUACAGGGUAAAAUUUUUUCACGCACCUAUUAGCAAAAUCAUAAAAUUUAUUGGGAGCCGGAUUAGUCAAACGCAUUUGCAUCCAAUACAAGUAAUGAAUAUAUUAUAUUGGUAAAAGGAUUGGUUUCAUAUUUCUUACACUUUGCAUAUGGAUAUUUAAACACAUUUACAUAUUAUAUUAAUUUUGUUUUUGUUAUUAUUAAAAAAAAAAAUUAUUAUUAAUCUAUAUGUAAGCCUCAAAGCAAUAUGUUUGUGAAUAUAAAAAUUAUAUA